GGAGGUCCUGAGGCUGGAGAAGGCACGAUCUCCGGUCCCCGCGUCCUGCGGGAGUCUUCUCAGCCGCCCGAAUCCACCUCAUCUCCGGGCAGGGCCGCAGGGAGGACGGCCCGGGGUCCGGUCCUCAGGGCGCGGGCGGGGUCCGCAGGGGUCAAGCUCGGGGUCGGGAAGGGUGAGGAAGUCCCUCAGUCUGCGAUCAGGGGUGCGGGCCGGGGUCCAGAACCGGAGGGCGGGCUCCGGAGGCUCGAGGCCGGGGUGGGAAGGGGAGUCGGGGCCCUUCCCCGAGGGCCGAGGCGCGGGGGUCGCGGCUGGGUCCGGCAGCCCGAGCUCUGCCAGGCCUCGCGCGCGCAGCCCGGCCCGCCCCGCGCCCCCGAGCCCCGCCCCCUCAGGAGGCGGCCAUGGCGGCCUGGCGGGUCCCGGCGUCCGCGCUCAGGAGGACGCGGCCCGCCGCCGCGCCGCCAGAGCCGCCGCCCCGUGAUGGAGCAGGGUUCCGACGGCGCCGCGGCGUCCCCCUCUGCUCCGUUGCGCGGGAAGACGGCGGUGGCCCCGGGCCUGACUCGCGGGGCGGGCCGGAGGAAGCGGCCAAGCGCCCGGCGAGCCAAGAGUUAACGGCGGCAGAGCGGCGGAUCGCGGAGCUACACGCGGCGGCCUGCACGGCUGGCCAGCUAAACUACGUGGACCCAGCUACCGGCUCCGUGGUGUUCACCCAGCUGGCCCACUUGCAGAGAGGCCAGUGCUGCGGCUCAGCCUGUAGACACUGUCCAUAUGGUCAAAUCAAUGUUAAAGAUCCAUCUAAAAAGAAGCAGUUCAAUUCAUAUUUUUAUGUGUGACAACAAUUUUAUCUCUAUUUUCCAUCUAAUUGAGCCUUAUUAAAAAUAAAUAAAUAAAAUUUUAAUCCAGAA